UUUCACCGGAAGGAAAAAACAACCCCAAAAUUAUAAAACCGAACAGAGGGUUUUUUAAUCUUUUGGCUGUCAGAAGAAACUUCUUUUUUCUCUUUGGUCGAAUCUCUCUGAUACUUCAGUCCUGAACUCUCUGAAACACCACCACCAUCACAGGCACAGAGAGAGAAGAAGAAGAAGAGAAUGACCACAGCUGCUUUCAACUUAGCUCUAAGAAACCCGUCGACUUUCAUUCUUCCAAAGUCUCCAAACCCUACAAAGCUUAGGGUUUGCACUCUCAGAUGCUCCUCCGCCACCGCAAACGUGGUCCCAGGUUUGUCAGAGAGACCUUGGAAGACUUCAGAUGCUAGACUUGUGCUUGAAGAUGGUUCAAUCUGGAGAGCAAAGUCAUUUGGUGCUUCAGGAACCCAAGUUGGUGAAGUUGUAUUCAACACAUCCUUGACCGGGUAUCAGGAAAUUCUUACAGACCCUAGUUAUGCUGGUCAAUUUGUCCUGAUGACAAACCCGCAUAUUGGAAAUACUGGCGUGAAUUUUGAUGAUGAAGAAUCAAAGCAAUGCUUCCUUGGUGGUCUAGUGAUCAGGAGUUUAAGCAUCAGUACUUCAAAUUGGAGAUGUGCAGAAACACUUGGUGAUUAUUUAGCCGAAAGGAAUAUCAUGGGAAUUUAUGAUGUUGACACACGUGCUAUCACCCGCAGAUUAAGACAAGAUGGAAGCCUUGUUGGUGUUUUGAGCACAGAAGAGUCGAAAACAGAUGAGGAAUUAUUAGAAAUGUCUCGUUUGUGGGAUAUUGUUGGGGUCGAUUUAAUAAGUGGUGUGUCAUGCAAGGAACCUUAUGAAUGGGUGGAUAAAACAAAUUCAGAGUGGGAAUUUAACUACAGUGGAAGAGAUGGAGAGGCUUUUCAUGUUGUUGCAUAUGAUUUUGGAAUCAAACAUAACAUACUUAGGCGCUUGGCUUCCCAUGGCUGUAAAAUUACUGUUGUGCCUUCAACAUGGCCAGCAUCAGAGAUUCUUAAGAGGAAACCAGAUGGGGUUCUUUUCAGCAAUGGCCCUGGAGACCCGUCUGCUGUUCCGUAUGCUGUUGAAACAGUCAAGGAGAUACUUGGAAAGGUUCCUGUUUUUGGAAUUUGCAUGGGUCAUCAAUUGCUUGGCCAGGCAUUAGGUGGUAAAACAUUUAAAAUGAAGUUUGGUCACCAUGGAGGAAAUCAUCCAGUACGUAACCUUCAUAGUGGACAUGUUGAGAUCAGUGCUCAGAACCACAACUAUGCAGUUGACCCUGCAUCACUUCCAGAAGGUGUAGAAGUCACUCAUGUCAAUCUCAAUGACGGAAGCUGUGCUGGUCUUGCCUAUCCUGCACAAAACAUCAUGUCUCUUCAAUACCACCCUGAAGCAUCCCCAGGACCUCGUGAUUCAGAUUAUGCUUUUGGGGAAUUCAUAAAUCUGAUGAAGAAAGUGAAAGUAAAUGCAUGAAGGCUAUGCCCCAACUUUAUUGAUGGAUGACAUGCCUAAGGUAGCGAGGGCUCGAACGGUAGUUCAAUAAUCGAUCUACUGCUCUUAUCUAUUUGUUUUGCGGGUGCGGUUUCAGGUGCAGAAAACUAGUGAGGAGUGUGCUUCCCACCUUUUUCAUUUUGUAGCAUCGUGAUUUUGCUAGUGGUUGUGAAGUAAAAAAGAUUUACGUUGCUUAGACACCCAGUGAAAUUUAUAAAACAGCAUUCCUCACUUGGAGUUGUAUAAUUAUUACCCAAUUGGUUUUGUUUUGUUUGCUUUCUUACGCGAAUUGGGGUUAAAUAUAAUGGUUAUUCUAUA